CACAAAGCAUCAACCAUGAGACAAAUAUUUGAUUUGGCAAAGCUUCGAACCAAAAGAUCAACGCUUUUCCCAGCUGUUAACAUCUGUCCACAGGAAUCCUUGAGAGAGAUUUUAGCAAGUCUCCAAGCUUAUUAUAGACUGAGAGUGUGUCAAGAAAUAGUGUGGGAAGCCUAUCGGGUCUUUCUGGAUCGCAUUCCAGACACGGAGGAAUAUCGAGAGUGGGUCAGCGUCUGCCAGAAGGAAACCUUCUGUCUCUUUGACAUUGGGAAAAACUUCAGCACUUCCCAGGAGCACCUGGAUCUACUUCAGCAGAGAAUAAAACAGAGAAGCUUCCCUGGGAGAAAAGAUGAAAUAGCCCCAGAGAAGACACUGUCGGAGCCUACCAAAACUCCUCUGUUAUCCACGGAUGUUGCCAGCAUGUCACGGGGGCCCUUCCCACUCCCUCUUGAUGACACACAUCUCAACAAGAUUCUCAAUGACACCCUCAAAGACAUCCAGAAGCCCACAACAAAAAGCAAAACAGAACCCACUCAUGUGUCUGAAAUCUCACCAGAAGAGAAGGUGGAGUUCAGCAUCUCUUUGCCAAACCACAGGUUCAAGUCAGAGCUCACCAACUCUGGGUCCCCGUACUACCAGGAGCUGGCGAAACAGUCCCAACUGCAGUUGCAAAAGAUAUUUAAGAAACUUCCAAGCUUCCAAGAAAUCCAUGUGUUAGGAUUUGGACCAAAGAAAGAAAGAGAUGGUUCAAGCUCCACAGAAAUACAACUUACAGCCAUCUUUAAAAGAGACCACAAGGAAGUAAGAAGCCCUGAAAGCCAUCUCCUGACCCUUGACUCAAGCACAAUUGAAAGGGAAAGAAUCCAUCAUGGAACCAUAGAAGACAAGCAACCAGAAAUCUACCUACCAACUAUGGACCUCAAAAAACUCAUCCUCCAGCUACUAGAUGGAGACCAUUCCUUGGAUGUGGGGACAAUUCAGUUCAGUGAUGAAGUUGCUGGCUCAUUGUCAGGCUCCAAACCUGCCAUCCAAUCAGGGCUGCCCACGCCCCUUGCUGACAUCACUGAGGAUGCUACUCUGACUCCAGAACUUCUGCCCAGUGAACCUGGACUCGAGGCAGGGGACAGAGAAGGACCUGACCUGCUUGGCAUGUCCUCCAAAGACAGCUCCUGGUCUCCACCUGAAACAGCCUCAACUUUCCUAUCAGAAAAUCUACCUUCUUUUACCACGCCUAGCAUCAUCUCCCCGGCUCAUCAAAGCUCCACUCGUUUGAGGACCACUGACCAAACAAUACUCGUCCCUGGGAUCACUCUUCCCAUGAGUGAUUCUACCAUCAGCCAGUUGCCGCUAGAAAUGUCACAUGGGCCUGCAUCUUCCAGCCAGCUGAUUACAAGCAGCCAAGAUGCAAUCAGAGACCUAGAGGAAAUGGAUGUAUCUGACAUCCCUACCUUGUCAGAAGUAUCAGGACUGAGUGGAUAUAAUUCUACCCCGGAUCAUUUUUUUGAGAUAACCACGCCUACCCCAUUACAGUCUAUCACCACCAGCUCUGAGACCAUAGCUACUCAGGGCCACGAGUUAGUAGUAUUCUUCAGUCUUCGAGUGGCUAACAUGCCUUUCUCCUAUGACCUGUUCAACAAGAGUUCUCUGGAGUAUCAAGCCCUGGAACAACAAUUCACAGACUUGCUGGUUCCAUAUCUGCGAUCCAACCUUACAGGGUUUAAGCACCUGGAAAUCCUCAGCUUCAGGAACGGAAGUGUGAUUGUCAACAGCAGAGUGCACUUUGCAAAAGUGGUCCCCUACAACCUCACCCAGGCGGUGCGUGGGGUCUUGGAGGAUCUCAGAGCCACUGCAGCGCAACAACUCCAUCUGGAAAUUGACAGCUACUCUCUCAACGUGGAACUAGCUGAUAAAGCGGAUCCCUGCAGAUUCCUGGACUGCGGCAAAUUCGCCCAGUGUGUAAAGAAUGAGUGGACACAGGAAGCAGAGUGUCGCUGCAGACAGGGCCACGAGAGCCAAGGGACCCUGGACUACCAAGACCUGAAUAUCUGUCCCCCUGGAAAGGCAUGCGAGGUCAGCCGAGGACAGGCAGCUCCUUGCAGGCCACCAGAUCACUUUACAAAUCAAGCCCACCAACUUACCGUCAAAAAUCUACGUAAGAAAAACAAGGUAGCCAAGAAAAGAAAUUCUGACCUAACUGCUAUAGGACUUGAAGAAUCUGAUCAUCAGGAUUGGGAAGGAAAUUAA